AUGUCUGAUCAACCAAGUUCUCCAGCUCCAAGUUCACCAGGACCAACUCCAACGCAACCAGACUCUGCUCCACCUAAUCAGUCGUCUCCUGCUAGACUGUUCUAUAACUCUUCCUCCUCUCAAGGUGAUACAUACGAUACCAAUUCUGCUGCUAGAAGAGUGGGAAGCAGUCAAAAUAAUCGUUUUGGAUCCUCUCCAUUCAACUACCCAUCAUCUUCUCAAAACCAUUCUUCCGAUAUCAAUGGUAGCUCAGCUAGACCAAAUUUACACUCAGCCGCCACUCCUAGUGCUAACAGAUUUUCGAGUAUCAGAAGUGAAGCAUCUGCCAAUGGCUCCAAUUCUUCAUCCAGUUUCAGAAGAAGAAGAAAUGAUGUACAAGGUUCCGAUUUUUCGUCACCAAGAAGAUUCUUCUCUGGUGCUCCUAACUCGCAACAACAUAGCUCCAGCUCUGAUGCUCCAUCUGAAGCAAACGAACCAGUUAGGAUUAUUUGGGGUACGAAUGUUAGUAUCCAGGAAUGUGCUAAUAACUUUCGUAAUUUCCUAAUGUCUUUCAAAUAUAAGUACCGUAAGACACUUGAUGAACGUGAAGCAUUCAUCGAUACCACUACAGAUGAAGAAUUGUAUUAUGUAAACCAUUUAAAUGAAAUGAGAGAAUUAGGUACCACAAACUUGAACUUAGAUGCGAGAAAUCUCUUGGCUUACAAACCAACAGAAGAAUUGUAUUAUCAAUUAUUAAAUUACCCUCAAGAAGUUAUAUCAAUCAUGGAUCAAACCAUUAAGGACUGUAUGGUCUCACUAGUGGUUGAUAAUCAUCUAGAUUUCAACCUUGAUGACAUUGAAACAAAAUUCUAUAAAGUUAGACCUUAUAACGUUGAAUCAGCAAGAGGUAUGCGUGAAUUGAAUCCAAAUGAUAUAGAUAAAUUGAUUAGUUUGAAAGGUCUGAUAUUAAGAACUACCCCAGUUAUUCCUGAUAUGAAGGUCGCCUUCUUUAAAUGUAAUGUAUGUGACCAUACAAUGGCAGUAGAGAUCGAUAGAGGGGUCAUCCAAGAACCAGCAAGAUGUGAACGUAUUGAUUGUAAUGAACCAAACUCAAUGUCCCUAAUUCACAAUAGAUGCUCCUUUGCUGAUAAACAAGUUAUCAAGCUACAGGAAACCCCAGACUUAGUCCCAGAUGGUCAAACCCCUCAUUCUGUAUCACUAUGUGUAUACGAUGAAUUAGUCGAUUCCUGUAGAGCUGGUGAUAGAAUUGAAGUAACUGGUACAUUUAGAUCCAUACCUAUUAGGGCUAAUUCCAAGCAAAGAAUACUGAAGGCCUUAUACAAAACAUACAUUGAUGUUGUUCAUGUGAAAAAGGUUUCCGAUAAGAGACUAGAUGUCGAUACUUCUACUGUGGAACAAGAGCUUUUGCAAAAUAAACUAAAUCAUGGAGAAGUAGAAUUGACAAGAAAUGUCACAGAUUCUGAUAUCGCCAAAAUUCAUGAAGUUGCAAAAAGAGAGGAUCUAUACAAUUUACUGUCUAGAUCAAUCUCUCCAAGUAUUUUUGAACUAGAUGACGUGAAAAAGGGUAUUCUGUUACAAUUAUUCGGUGGUACUAAUAAACAUUUUAAUAAAGGUGGUCGUUAUAGAGGUGAUAUCAACAUUUUAUUGUGUGGUGAUCCAUCUACCGCUAAAUCUCAAAUCCUUCAAUAUGUUCACAAAAUUGCUCCUCGUGGUGUAUACACAUCUGGUAAGGGUUCUUCCGCGGUUGGUUUAACUGCCUACAUCACUAGAGACGUUGACACAAACCAACUGGUUCUAGAAAGUGGUGCCUUAGUGUUAUCUGAUGGUGGUAUUUGUUGUAUUGAUGAAUUUGAUAAGAUGAGUGAUUCUACCAGAUCUGUUUUACAUGAAGUAAUGGAACAACAAACAAUUUCUGUAGCCAAAGCUGGUAUCAUAACAACCUUGAAUGCUAGAACGUCUAUUCUGGCUAGUGCUAACCCUAUCGGUUCUCGUUACAAUCCAAAUCUUCCUGUGACUGAAAAUAUCGACUUACCACCACCUUUGCUAUCCAGGUUUGAUUUGGUUUACUUAGUGUUGGAUAAGGUUGACGAAUCAAAUGACAGGGAAUUAGCAAACCAUUUAACUGCUUUAUACCUAGAAGAUAAACCGCAGCAUGUUUCUCAGGAUGAUAUCCUACCUGUUGAAUUUUUGACAAUGUACAUCAACUAUGCCAAGGAGCAUAUUCAUCCAGUGAUCACCAACACUGCCAAGACCGAGUUGGUCAGAGCAUAUGUCGGUAUGAGAAAGAUGGGUGAUGAUUCUAGAUCGGACGAAAAAAGAAUCACAGCCACGACAAGACAACUGGAGAGUAUGAUCCGUCUAUCGGAAGCUCAUGCUAAGAUGAGAUUAUCUGAAACUGUUGAAUUAGAAGAUGUACAUGAAGCUGUUAGAUUAAUUAAGACAGCUAUAAAGGACUAUGCUACAGAUCCCAAGACCGGUAAGAUCGAUAUGAACCUUGUUCAAACAGGUAAAUCGGUCAUUCAAAGAAAAUUGCAAGAGGAUCUAACAAGGGAAAUUGUUAAGAUCUUGACCGAACACACCUCUGACUCGAUGAGUUUUAAUGAAUUAAACAAACAAAUAAACGAACACUCACAAGAUAGAGUUGAUUCAUCUGAUAUAUCGGACGUAUUGGCUAGGUUAAUACAGGAGGACAAAAUCAUAGUCUUAGGUGAAGGUGUAAGAAGAUCGAUUCGUCUAAAUAGACGUGUUUAA